AUGAAUAAGCCAAUGGAACAAAAGAUAACACAAUGGAUUGAAUAUGGAGAUGACACAAUUGAUAACUCCAUUAUAAAAAAACAACCUGAUGAAUGUAUUAAGUGGAUCAUCCUGCAUAUAUCAAAUAGUUCAAAUCGCAAGAAUCACAACAUAACAUAUAACGGCAGAGCAAGACUUGCCAGAACAGGAAACAGAUCGCUAAUUAAUGCAUUACUACCGAGGAAAGGAUUCCAAAGUGAUGACGAAAAAAGUGAGGAAAAUUUAAUCAAAUAUUUAAAUACUAGACUUUAUCACAUGAUUAUCGAAUUAAUGAAACUUAAAACUAAAGAUUUAGGUAGCAAUUUAGGAUGGAUUACUCCUGUUAUUUUUCAAUUUAUUGACAGCACCAAUUAUAAAAUCAAGAUUUUAGGUAUUAACCUGUUGUCAUUUUUCUCUCAGUUGAUUGAUGAUAAAGUUUUUCAAAAUUCAGGUCUAAUAGAGGUUUACAAAGAAACUUUAGUAAACAUCUGUUAUUAUCUCCCUCCAUUUACCAAACCAACUGAAACAUUACAACUUUUUUCUGUUUUAUAUCCCUGUUAUUUAAAAAUUAUAAGAAAAAAUGGCAUUGAUAGUACUAUUUUUUUUAGGGAUUUGAAAACAUUUUACAGCAGAAUUAUUUUGCAGAAUACUCUACCUAGGAUAUCUAAUUUAGAUCCCUGCAUAGCAAUAUUUGUUUUAAAAUAUGUAACUGAGAAUUUAUGGGAAAUGCCUGAAUUUUUUCAAAAUGAAAAUAUGUGCAUAAAUAUCACAAGAUCUAUAUAUACAAUUGGUCAAUAUUAUGUAAGAAACCCAUUUAUUACCGUUGAUCCAACAUUGUUAAAAUAUACCAUAAACUUCAUUGAGAAAUUAAUUUUUAAAUCAAAAAAAUCAUUGGUCAUUGCUCAUAAAUACGAUUUUAUUGCUUGUUAUAUUAUUUUGUAUGAGAAAUGUGAUCGAGAAAACAUUCCGAAUAUUGAUGAUUUAAGGAAUAUUUUAAAAUUACUAUCUGAUAAGGGUGCUGGACUGGAUAAUCUCGAUAUGGAGAAAAUAUCCAAAGAAAGGGGCAAAGAGAUGAUUAAAAUGUUUCACUUUUAG